AGAAUACGUUCUCCCAAUCACAACCUUAUGCAAUCGACAUUCAAUUUUAUGAUGACGGGACAACUCUCAUCCAUCUUGUUAGAAAUAAUAAUACUGAGCAUUGUUUUGAACCCAUCUUACGUAUAAGAAUUAUCCAUUUAAAUGGAUCCGUCACUGAAAUUAAUACUGAUUUAAAUCUUGAUUCAGUGAAUUAUUGUUUAUUUAACGACAUACUUACUGGCGAAAUGGUGAAUCCUAUCUCAAUACGACCUUUAAAAAAACCAUUUAUAUUAGUGAGUUAUAUGAAAUUAAAUUAUCCAUAUUAUGAAAGCUGGGGAACUGUUCUUAAUUGGAAUGGCGAAAAACUAAGUUCCAUACCUCUUGAACCAUACCCUGCUAAUGCCUCUAAGAAAAUUUGGGCUACGAAAAGUUUAAUUGAAAUAAACAUAAACAAGGAACUAUUUCUUCACGUAUAUUUCCACAACAUAAAAUUAACUAUUCUAAUUAAUUAUAGUGAUGUUAAUGGAAAUUUAUUAAAUGUUGGCAUUGUUACAUUCGAGCUCGAUGAACCAACCACUAACUAUACCCUUUUUACGUCAUUGGCCACCGUUGAUGAAGGUUAUGCAAUAUUGUAUGCCAAAUAUUUAGGCAAUAAAAGCGAUUUUAUGAGUCCAUUAGGCGGAUUGUAUGCCAGAUUUAUAACUUACGAUCAAAUUUUCAAGGGCAACCAAAUUUCCUUGAACAAUUAUAUUCUUCUUUUUCCAAUAACUAGACCUGAAAUGAAAAUUAAUGCAGUUCAUUGUAAUGCAUAUUUUGGAUUUUGUUACUAUUGUAUUGCUUCCAUCAUCUACAACAACACAGUGCAAUAUGAAGAAAUUCAAUUUUGUACAGAAAAAUUAUUAAAUUCGAAUCCAAUCCAAACUCCCAACGAAAUUGAUGUGCCCUGGAAUGUGUUUUCAACACCUACCGGCGGAUAUAUAUUUUCUGCUGUUAACGCCACCACUUGUUUUAUUUAUAUUUAUGAAUUUCCUUAUUAUUAUUCUUAUUAUCAUUUUAAUGAUUAUAAUUUGAAUUCAAAAGUUAAUUUGACGUACUUUAAUACAACUGGUGUUAGCGCAUAUGGCAUCUUGAAACAUAAUAAUACUCUUUUACUCUCUCUACGAGAUACAAAUAGUAAUCAUAUUUCUUGGUCAUUGCUUACUGUUCAGUUACCUACA